AUGGAAGAUAAACAAAAACUACGUGAAUGUAACAUUAAUAACCAUAAAGUAGAUAUGUCUCUAUCUGACCAGUGUUGUUCAGAUGAUAUUAAAUUAGAAGACGAUACAUUAAAAUAUGAAGUUACUGAUAAUACUAUGGAAGAUGUUAAGGUAGAAAUAAAGAGUGAAAUGGAGGAAUAUAACGUAAUUUAUGAUGAAAAACCUUGUAUAAAUGGAAAAAAAUCAAGUUUACUGUCCCACUUAAGCAUAGAAAGAUUUCUGAAGAAGGAGCAAGAAAUAGAAAUUAUCGAAACAGUAUCUGAUAGUUCAUGGUUUUCCAGUGCAUUCCAAGUAGGAAGACAUGUGAAAACACAUACAGCAGAACAACCUUUUAAAUGUUACAUUUGUUCUAAAGAGUUUUCCCAAUCAGACUAUUUUAACAUAGAAAAACACAUGACAACACAUACUGAGAAAAAAUCUUUUAAAUGUGAAAUUUGUUCUCAAGAGUUUUCCAGUACAGUCCAAGUAGAAAGACAUGUGAGAACACAUACGGAAGAAAAACCUUUGAAAGGUUACAUAACCAUAAAAAAACAUAUGACAACACAUACUGAGAAAAAUUCUUUUAAAUGUGAAAUUUGUUCUCAAUGGUUUUCCAGUUCAGUCCAAGUAGGAAGACAUGUAAGAACACAUGUGGCAAAACAACCUUUUAAAUGUUACAUUUGUUCUAAAAAGUUUUCCCAAGCAGACGAUUUAAAAAAACAUAUGACAGCACUUAAUAAGAAAAAACCUUUUAAAUGCGAAAUUUGUGCUGAAACGAUUAAUUUAUGUAAACAUAUGGAAAUGCAUUCAGAAAGAUUUAAAUAUAAAGUAAAUAAAAGAUUCCAUGAUAUCAUGAUUUCUGAAAAAGACAAAACCACUUAG